AUGCCAACCAGGCUACUUCUGCCUUUCAGAGUACUGUGGGCCCUUGCAGGGAAAACAGUAUUUAUGUUGAACGACUUGCAUUUGUUUCUAGAGGCCCUCGAAUACUUUGAUGGUUACGUACACAAGAAGUGGAAAAGUAAUAAAAUACUAGGGAUAAUACUAAUCAUAAUUUUUGCUGUACUAUUAAUAGGUGAAUGUGUUUUAGCUACUUUUUUUGCUCAAGUGCAUUAUGAUGAGGAAGCAAUCCUACGGCUGGCCCUGUACACGGUGAUCAGAUUGCUGGAAAACCUCGUAACACUGCAGUGCAUCCUACUUGUUCUUGAAGUGCGAACAAGGUUCCAAAUUAUCAAUGACAGCAUCCUCACAACAGCCGCAUCGAAUGGCAACAGUCACAUAUCUCGCAUCCUUCUGGGAGUCAUUCACUCGCCAGAGGAGGACUGCCAUCCGAGAGUGAGCCAGAUAGACAAGGCACACGCCAUUCUACACCGUGCAGCGGAACUGCUACAACAACACUUUGGACUCACUCUAGCCCUACAAAUAACUCAAGCAGUACAAGUUCUCAUAUACGGCUCGUAUGAGAUUCUGACGCUUUGGAUUGACCACACCAACGGCCGUAGAGCUCUGAUCAGCAAGUCCAUCUUAUAUUCUGCAGAGUGGAUAGCUACGUACCUCGUGGGCGCGAUUGCUCUGGUGGUGUCCUGCUCUGCGAUGGUGGACGAGGCAGAGCGCACUCGCGUUCUGGUGGUCAGGGCCGCCACGCUGGGGUGGCGUCGAGGCCUGCAGCCAGAGGUGGAGGCGCUGCUGCUGCAGGUGAUGGCUCUGCCGCCGCUCUCUGUCAGGGCUGCCGGCUUCCUCACGAUCGACCGAAAGCUGCUGGUGUCUGCCCUCUGCGCCACCAUCACAUACUUAGUCAUACUGGGCCAGAUCUCAUUUCCUCAGCAACCAAGUUCUUAA